UCCUGGGACGGUGACGUCACCGCGGGUGGCUGGGCGGCUGGAGGCGGACGGGGUCCCGGGCCAGCGUGAGCCCCAGUCAGCCGGCGGGCGGGCGGCGGCACACGGGGGACAGCGAGGGGGACGACUCCCAGCCAUGGACGAGGGCAGCGACGUGCCCGCGGACCUGACUCCAGAAGAAGUGAUAGAGCUAGAAAACAUCCGACAACGCAAGCAGGAGCUCUUGGCUGACAUUCAGCGAUUGAAGGAUGAGAUAGCAGAGGUUACGAAUGAGAUUGAAAACCUAGGUUCAACAGAAGAAAGAAAAAAUAUGCAACGGAAUAAACAAGUGGCUAUGGGCCGGAAGAAAUUCAAUAUGGAUCCCAAGAAGGGGAUUCAAUUCCUGAUUGAAAAUGAGCUUUUAAAGAAUACUCGAGAGGAUAUUGCGCAGUUUCUGUACAAAGGAGAGGGACUAAACAAGACUGCAAUUGGGGAUUACCUCGGAGAGAGGGAUGAAUUCAAUGUCAAAGUUCUCCAUGCCUUUGUGGAGCUUCAUGAAUUCACGGACUUAAAUUUGGUGCAGGCUUUGCGGCAAUUUUUGUGGAGCUUCCGGUUACCUGGAGAGGCACAGAAGAUUGACCGAAUGAUGGAAGCUUUUGCACAGCGAUACUGUCACUGUAAUCCUGGAGUUUUUCAAUCCACUGAUACAUGCUAUGUAUUAUCUUUUGCGAUUAUUAUGCUGAAUACCAGUCUACACAAUCCAAAUGUUAAGGAUAAACCCACUGUGGAAAGGUUCAUUCUGAUGAACAGAGGAAUAAACGAUGGUGGUGACUUACCUGAAGAACUACUACGAAAUCUGUAUGAAAGUAUUAAAAACGAACCAUUCAAAAUUCCAGAAGAUGAUGGCAAUGACUUGACCCACACAUUCUUCAAUCCAGAUCGAGAGGGCUGGCUCCUCAAAUUGGGAGGUGGAAGAGUGAAAACGUGGAAACGACGUUGGUUUAUUCUGACUGACAACUGCUUGUACUACUUUGAAUACACCACGGACAAAGAACCCAGAGGAAUCAUUCCACUUGAAAACCUCAGCAUCCGAGAAGUAGAGGACUCAAAAAAGCCAAAUUGCUUUGAGCUCUACAUUCCGGAUAACAAAGACCAGUUUAUUAAGGCCUGCAAGACUGAGGCUGAUGGGCGAGUGGUAGAAGGAAGUCACACAGUUUAUAGGAUAUCUGCACCAACCCCAGAAGAGAAAGAUGAAUGGAUAAAAUGUAUUAAGGCUGCAAUCAGCAGAGACCCUUUCUAUGAAAUGCUGGCAGCAAGAAAGAAGAAAGUUUCUUCAUUAAAGAAGCAUUAGGAUGACAGCAUUUUAUGCAACUUGAUUCAAGUAUCUUUCUAACAUUGACCAUUUGACCUAAGGAGGUCUGUUUUCAAGUGUCAGUAACCACAGUGCAUUCUAGGGCUGGGUAUGUGCUUGUGCUGGAGCGAAGUGCUGAAAGUUAGAAGGCUCUUCUGUUGCCUGUUCCUCAACUAAUGAGGAUAUAGUUUUUAACUCAAAAAAAAAUCUCUCAAUAUUUCCCUCUGCACAGCUGGUCUGUUUGUGGAGUCCAGGGCCGCUACUUUACCUCCUCAAAGCUUUAUAUUUCUUAUCAAGAAGCUUUUGAUUUAACUUUUUUUUUGGAAGGGGCCUAUGAUUCUAUCAGCCAUAUUCAAGGACUGGUAUGAUUGAAAAUCCAUGUCAGCUCUAGAAGCCUAUAUGUAGGAAGCUAUGAAAAAUAUUCAUCUUGGAAAAUUGGUAAGGUCAGAGUCUCAGUGUUUCAUAUGCCAGUGGAAAGCUUGACAGGUGUUGGGCUAUGAUUCAUGACGUGCUAGUAAAAUGAGGGUGUACAACCAGUCCAGAUUGUUGGAGCGGGAUAUGUGGUGACGUGGGAAUUGGAAAAUGAAGAUUUUCCUGGAAUGAAGCCAGUUACAUUGUAACUGAAAAAAAAUUGCGCAAGAAGAAUCGUCUGUCCAUCAGACGGUACAUUUUGACUUAAUUUUUUAAUUGAAGCUUUUUGUUAAUAUAUGUUUUACUUUUUCUUGUUGAUUUCCAUUAUUCAAUGCACUGGUGAACAUUUGCAGAAAAAAGAGAUGACUAAGCAGUAUUAGUCUAUUUAUCAGAGCUGUAUAUACUUAAUGUAUAAAUUUUCUUUUUGUACUUAUUGAUUUUACGUUGUGAGGAUAAAUUGUUGGAGUAAUUUUUCAAUCUUUGCCAUUCAUACUUGUAGUUUAGCACUGACAAACCAAGUCAAAUAAAUCAAAUUCUCUGUAAUCAACAAAGAGGUCUACUUCCUGUACUUUAAACUGUACACUGCUUAUCGUCCUAAAGAAAACUUCAUCCUCAUCAGCUGAAUACCCAUUUCCUGUGUGACAUUUCUGUAUUUCUGUCAGUGAAAUUGUUUGUUUGAUUCUGUUAUAUGUAAACAUUAAAAGGUUUUAAUUGUG